GCUGGUCUUCAUCACACACCAUAUUGUCUCUCGUGAAUUCCAACCUCGUUCCUACAAAACGUAGUGUUUGGGGGCAUAGUAGGUGUUUAGUGAGUGCUUGUUGAAUAAAUGGGCCAGUGAAAGAAUGGGUGCCCCAGAGGAAAGGGCUGAGGAGGCCUUUCAGUCUACUCUCUGGCUCAACAGUCGAUUUACAGGGAACAGAACAGUAUGGGUUUUUUUUUUUGUUUGUUUUUUUGUUUUUAUUUUUUACAGUAUGGGUUUUAAAGACCAAGCUGCCAUUGCUUCUGCUUCAACCUUUUGAAGAAUUUUGUCUCUUAAAUUACACAGAUAAUACAUCAUCAUUAUGGAAAGAUUGGAAACACUGAUGGGCAAAGCAACUCCCUCCAUCCAGAGAGUCACUGUGAAGAUACGAUUAUUUAUUUCCAUAUAAACAAAUGCUAUUAGAAGCUGGGCCCUGGCAAAGCCACUUGUGCUCCAGGAGCCUGCGUGUGACCACCUGGAAGCAGACAGCAGAGCCUUCUGUCCUCAGAUGUCUCUUCAGUACCUUUCCCCGACAACGCCUCGUUGCCAAUGGGCAGAGGAGAAAUACUUAAAGUUCCAGCUCCAUUUUUACAAAGCAGACAAAAAUUGCAUUUGGAGCAGAAAGGCAAUAACUUGAUAACUGGCAAAAGCGCAAAUGCCCAUCUGCAGCAGAAGAAAUAAAAAGUUGUGGUGUAUUUAUACCAGGGGAUGCUAUACAGGAAUGAGAAUGAAUGAACCGACGACGUGGUUCAGACGACGUGGAACAGACACUCGGCACAGUGUUGAGUGAAAGAAGCCGGACGUCAAGGAAUACUCCCUGGAUGAUUCCAUUGACGUGAAAGUCAGAAAUCAGCCAACUGAGUUGGGCUGUUAGAGGAAUAACAGUGGUUACCUAAGGUGCGUGUAGUAAUGGGGAGGCAGCGGUGGAGAUGGGGAGGAGAGACCGUCUAAAUGCUAGAGAUGUCCUAUAUCCCGGUUUGGGCGCUGGCGUGUGGAUGUGUUCACUUUGUGAAAGUUCCCCAAGCUGUAUACCUAAAAAUUUAUGUGGUCUUACACAUGCAGGUGCAUGCAUACAUUUAUUAUAGCUAAAUAAGAUUUGAUUGAGAAAGAGAGGCUAUGUGUGCACCUGGGCUCCUUCCAGCCCUAUUCACAAUCCCUCAGCUAAUUAUCUCCUUCUUGUAGAAGAGGAAAAUGAGAUGUAGAGAACAGAUAGAAGUUCUCUAAGGCCACAGAGCAGUAAGCUGAAAGGGCAGGAUCCAAACCCAGGCAGGCUGGCAUCUGGUAAGUCCUCUUGACCCUUGGCUAGGCUGCCUCCCCUCAUGGCCUGGACUGGAGCGUCCAAGGCGGGUCGGGGUAGCUAACUGCAACGAGAUAUGCUUUGCCCACCCUAACUGGACUCUGGCGACGAAGGCUGGCCGCACGUGUCCUAUUCUACAAUUGAAAGGUCAGGCCGCAGAGGCCUGCACAAGCACGCGAGGCCUCUCCCUUGGAUGCCCCGUGCCAGGUGCUGUUUGAGGCCCACCUGUGCCAAGCCUUUGGGAAACCCACUCCCGAGACACCCCCUGCUGGGCAGGAUUGGUUUUCCUGGUGCCUGCGUUGCUGCUGGGAGAAGUAGUCCUUCCAGCUCCCAUUAGCCUAUUUAGGUUUCUGUGUGAGAAGCCAGGUCAGAGCCCUGCAUCAGGGCUCAGCCCCAAAACAGUGGGGAUCUGGGAGAGAGCUUGCAUAACCAGUCCAGGUUCUCCUAACACAAGUUCCUCAGAGCAGCAGCUCCUCCAAGCCCUGGGAACAUGCUCCUCCUGUGCCUGCUGUUACUGUCCAGCUUCUUGGUAGGAGUCUUCCUCUGGGCUGUCUGUCAGCACUUCCUCACCGCAGAUAUCCCCUCUACCUUGCAACAUCCCAUCAAGCUCAGAUUUCUGCAUUGCAUGUUCCUGUACAUGGUCAUUUUGGCGGAAAUAUUUGAGAAGCUGGGAAUAUGCUCCAAGCUCAGAUUUCUCCAGUUAUUGCAAAACGGUGUGAGAGUAAAGAGGGAUGCUAGACUUGUGGUAACUGACUUGUAUUUGGGGACCACACCGGUGAGGCUGUUCCAGCCCAAGGCCGCGUCCUCCAGCCCCCGGCGAGGCAUCAUCUUCUUCCCCGGAGGAGGCGGGUUCCUGGGGAGCCUGGACUCCUACCACAACCUGUGCAGUCAGCUGGCCGUGGAGACUGACUCGGUGCUGCUGUUGAUUGGGUACCGCAAGCUUCCGGAUCACCACUACCCCUGCAUUUUCCAAGACUGCCUGAACACCUCCAUUCUCUUCCUGAAGGGCCUCAAAACCUACGGGGUGGACCCCUCCCGGGUUGUGAUCUGCGGAGACAGCCUUGGGGGAGGGAAUGUGGCCUGUGUCAUCCAGCACCUGGUGGGCAGAUCAGAUCUUCCCCGGAUCAGGGCCCAGGUGCUGAUUUAUCCAAUUACUCAGGUCAUCAAUUUGCAGCUGCCAUCCCACCAGCAGAACCGGAACGUCCCUUUCCUCUCCCAGAAGAUCAUGAUGAUAUGUAUGCUUAAAUACUUGGUUGUCAACUUUCACUGGUGGGACACCAUCCUGAGAGGUGCUUUCAUCCCCCCGGACAUCUGGAGGAAAUACAGCAAGUGGCUCAGCUCUGACAACAUACCCAAGAGUUUCAGGAAGCCAGGUUACCAGCCUGAAUUUCACGGCCCUUUUAAUGAGGCCGCCUACCUGGAAAACAAACAUCUUUUUGAUAUAACAAAUGCUCCUCUGCUAGGGGAUGAUGAGGUCAUCGCUCAGCUUCCCGAGGCCUUCCUGGUGAGCUGUGAGAAUGAUGUCCUCCGUGAUGACACCUUGCUCUAUAUGAAGCGCUUGAAGGACCAAGGGGUCCCUGUGAUGUGGUAUCACGUGGAGGAUGGCUUCCAUGGGUCCCUGAUAUUUUUUGAUAAGAAGUUUUUCUUUUUCCCAUGCGCCUUGAAAAUUAUAAACGCUGUCAUCAGUUAUAUAACGAGCAUAUAGUAACCCUGGGGCAUUGUGUCCUUUGGUGGAUUCUAUUUUGCUGAUCAAGGAGAUGCUAAAUCAAUGCUCGGCCCACAAGGGAAGGAUAAGGAAGCUUAGAACAGUCCUGCUUAGUAUCUAAGAAAAUCCAAGAUGUUGCUCUUUCUUUCUGGCACCAGCAAUGGUUAAUCCUGAAUCUAGUAGCACUCGCUAACAUUCUCAUUCAGGUGAAAUAAAUAUCAGAGGAAGGAACAAAUGUCUUUAAGAAUUUCUCAAAGCCCUAGCACACAACAUCUGUGCAGAAUGAAUGCCAACAAUUAGUCAUACCGUCCCUGGUGAAUCUACUCAUGAUGCGAAAGCAUGGCUUGGUGGGCCAUGCUGCCUGUUGGAGGAGGGGGCACCUAAUUGUUCUUGGGGUCAGAGGUCACCAGCCAAAUUACAGACUGGUUCCAGAUCAGAAUGCAGCCGGAGAAAUGCUGUUGCAGUAGAACUCUUCUCUCAAGUUAGCAACCUGUCGACUGGACUAAAGGCAAGUUUCAGGGGACGUGACUGGAAAAGGAGAGGGGGAAGAGGGAAAAGAGAGGCUGUGCGGGAAAGAAUGGGCUCUGGGGGGCUGUGAAUGUUGUCUGGGCUCAAGUCUCUAAUCUGAAUUCCAAAAUCAGGUCCCUGACUACCAAGAGGCAGGCUCUCAGGGCCAAAGCUGUCUUGGGAACCUCUGGAUGCCAUCUGGAAUACGCAAACUGCAUCCUCAAAGGCAGAUAUCUUCUUACACACUCUUUCUUUGGUGAGCUUAUGUAUUGUUCCUACUUUUACAAAGAACCUUGUCCUGGGGGCACCUAGCCGGCUUGGUUGGUAGAGCGUGUGACUCUUGAUCUUGGGGUUGUGGUUUGAGCCCCACAUUGG